GCAAAGCCUGCUCCUCCAGAGGGGUUGCAGACUCUCCUUCCCUCCAAUAUGGCCCUUUUAAUUUCCUUCCUGGUCGGGAUACAGGUAUUGUGUUCCUUAGCCCGUCUUCCACCACAUCCAGGACACCCACCGAGACCACCACUGACAGGACUGCUUUCCCCAGGGUGCAAUAAUUCUGUAGUCAAAGCAGCUGCAGAUCAGGCCCUAGACUGGAUCAAUUCCCAUGAAAAAAAGGGGUACGUGCUUGGUCUUCAGCGAAUCUUUGAUGCCCGGCAACUUCCGAAGGCGCCUGAAGUCUCUACGUAUUUUCUCACCUUGGAUGUGCUGGAAACGGUGUGCCACGUUCUCAGCAGAAAACAGUGGAAGGAUUGCGAUUUCAGAAGCGCCCAUGAGACAGUCUAUGGGCAGUGCAAGGUAACAGUUUACGCUGAUAACGAUGGGAACGUUUCUCAUCUGUGUUCCUACGACUGCGUUUUACGCCCAAUUUCAUCAAGGGCUAUCGCAAAAAUUUGUCCUGACUGCCCAGUUCCCGGGGACCCAACUGAAGCUAAGUUCCAUGAGGCGGCGGCAGAGAGCCUUGCCAAGUUCAACUUAGAAAACAACCAUGUGCAUUAUUUUGCCCUCCUCAACAUCACCAAAGCACGGUCACAGUGGGUUAUUGGCCCUUCGAACUCAGUGGAAUAUACGAUCCAGGAGACAUCUUGUACCAAAGGCAAGGGUGUCCCCGAUAUCUCCAAGUGUGAACUCCUCCCACGUGAAACGGCAGAGACAGGCCUGUGCAGAGGUUCCGUGGUAAACAGCCAGAUAGAUCAUCAGAAGUAUGUCGGAGCGCGGUGUGAACUCUACCCCCCACAGCCACUCGACACAGAUGAUCAGAAUCCACAACCUGGACCUAAACCUGGGCAAGAAGGACACCGGGAAGGUCACAAAAGCAGUGAAGAACACCAUAACCAGAAAGGGCAUGGUCACGGUCACGGCCAUGGCCAUCACCGCCGCCACCACCGCAAACAUCACGGAGACAACUCGCAUGAGUUGCCAGAAACAGUGGGCCGUGUGGUUGUUCUCCCUCCUUCAAACGAACAUGUAUCUCUCCAUUCCCUGCCAGAAAUUCAACCUGAACAAUUAGAUGGGGAACCUGUUCCCCCCGGGGCAGAGAGGCCAUCAGGAACCCCUCAAGUCGACUUCCCUGAUAUAGAUGGUCCUGAUGGCAAACCAGUCCCUGUUGGGCCAUUCCCUGUUGGGUUUUCAAACUCUGCUACGUGCCCAGGAGACAGCACAAGAAUUAUCCCUGGCGUCGAGCUGCCCCAAAGGCCUGCCAUAAAAUUGCCCCCAGAGCCCAAGAAGGCCUAAAGUUUGGGUACUGUAGAAUCCCCAAAAGCUAUUCAACAUGUGGUACUGCAUCCUCACAGCAUGAGAGGAGCGGUUUAGGAGGAGGAAGGGAAGGGGGGAGGAGAAAAAGAUGGUCAUUAUAAUCUCUCACCACAAAAGGUAAUAAUAAUAAAAUCCAACUGGUUGUGCAGUGAAUUGACACAAAGGGCACCAGAGGAAUCUUUGUGGUACAAAUGUUAGUGAUUUGCACGAGUGCUUUGCCAAAUGAGCCCCCUCUUGUAGUAUUCCCAUGCUGUUUGGACCAAAGUCCAUGGAGGGGAGGAAUGAUUGACAGCGAAUAGGGAGCCCAUCUUGGGCCUUAUAGCAUCCCAAAAGCAAUACUUGAAAAGCCCCAAACAUUCACAGCUCAGCUGUGCAUUCUUUAGUCCCUGCGGGGGUGGGAUAUUUUCAUGAAUCUAAACAACAAUGGUGGCCAGAGAUCCUAGUCUUUCCUUUCUUUUCUUCGCCCAUCCCUGACCUCCUCGUCCUUGUGAAUGUGAGAACGACAUUUUCUCUGCUGCAAGGAAGCUUAACAAUACUCAAUAAAAGAGUGAUGCGACA